CAUUGAGCUGCUUGGUUACGGUACAACCGAUCCGGGAAGAUGGUCGAAAUCGGGAUCUCUUUUGCAACCAUCAAGUCCCUCUUGAUUUUCUUUGCGCCGAUUGUCCUCCCGCGCGCCCUCAAUUUCUACCGAAAUGUCCGUUUGGCGAUUGCCCGGCAACCGAACCCAAAGCCUCUGCCUUCGAAUGCUUCACGGGCCCUAAACGUGCUCUUCUGCGCCAUCCUCUUCUUCUUCCUCCUCAGCCUCCCGUUCAAUCCUUACGCCCCCAGCCCCAGUAUCUUCUCUCUGACCCGGUCGCGCAUCAACACGCCCCUGGACAUUAUCUUCAGUCGACUAGCUCGUCACCGUGCCGGGGGUGUUCUUACACCGGCCGACCAACUCCUCAAGUCGAAACUCAGCUCCCCGGCUGCGCGCCGGGCAUACCUCCGCUUCGGUGCCGAAACCCUAACGCAAUGCCAGUUCUGCACGCUCGACGACAUCCACACUUACCUCCUCUACUAUCUCCCCUUUAACGCCCUGAUUCCACAUCUCUUCCACAUGGUGAUCGUCGGGUUGACCACCGCGUCCCCCUUUGCCGGGCGCGAGGCAGCGCGGUGGCGGAACAAGUUUACCAUUGCAGGACUCGUACUGGCAGCUAUCGACAUCUACGCUAUCUUCACCUGGGACCCAGUCCGGACGGGCCCGGCCUCCGUACGCGACGGGAUCACGACCCCCUCCACGGCGUUCGAGACCAUGGCGCGGCUGCGACCGCUCGCGUUUGCGAUCUUUGAUGGUGCGCUGGCGUUUUUCAUCUACGUGUCGGCGACCAACCGGUUCUUUUUCACGCCGCCCACCCAGGCCGAUCAGGUGGAUCAGCUGGUGUCGGCAUCGCUGGCGAGCCUCUCGGGGGCCAGCUCCAAACUGCAUGCGGCGAGCGUGACGCGCAAUGCGGUGGUGCGGGAUAAAGUGCUCAAGGCCCGGGAUGAUGCCUAUUGGCGGACGGUGGUUGCGAUGGACGGGGAGAGUUCCCGCGUGAAUGGGGGGGCCCUGCCGUCGAGUAUCUGGGAGGAGUCGGCCGUGGUGCGGGCGAUGUCGCGGGCGAUGGCGGGACAGGGAGGAGUUGAUCUGGCGCAGCUGGGAGUCAGUGCUGCGGAGUAUGUGAACGGAAUGACUGCGGGGUUAGAGCAUGGGCAGCAAGAAGUGCAGACGGUAGAAUAGAUCGAU